UUCGUACCGUGGAAUUGCCCAAAAAUAAAAUAAGAGAGAGAGGCAAUGGGAUGAAAUUGGGUCAUACGUCGUAGUGGGAGAAAAUUUCUUGUUCUUGUGAAAUGGAGGUAGCCGAAAUGGAUGAAGCCCUGAAGGUGUUGGACUCCUCUCUCUCUCUCCUCAAAUGGCGUCUCAAAUUUCCAUCCAAGCGCCGACUCGAAAUUGAUAUACUGGCCUUGUGUACUGGUAUGAGGGCAGCUGUACUGGUUGACUAUGGUGGAAAGAUGCCAGAACUUCAGGAGCGAUUAUGUGGACUCGUGAAAAUUAUUCAAAAGGAGUCCCCCAUUUUUGAGAAUCUGAGAGUAAUGGUUAUAGAAGAUAUGAUAUAUCUGAUACAUGUAAGAGGACUUGCUGAGCAUGUAAGGUUAAGCUUAAGCUCAGAGGCACAGCUGCUUUUUGUGGACCUUGAACAUGACCCUCCAAAGAUGGUAACAUUAGAACAGAGCCCAUUAAGAAUGCAGUUUGUAUCAAUUCAGAAGUCUUUCUCUCUGUUAUUUCCUCAAGAUGGAAUGAAAGAUGAUCUCUUACCAUGUCACGGCAACGAUUACAUGGCCAAUGACAAAUCUUCAACUAAUGAGCUUCUCGUUUCUCAAUCUUCUGACUUUAUUGAUCUUAGUAGCUGCAUGCAAGAUACACAGGUUACUGUGCCGACUUUAAAUGGAUGGCUUCUGGGUUAUCCGGUAGUGUACUUGUUCAGCAAGGAGUACAUUGCUGAUGCUGUUUGUAACCUUUCCACCAAGUCUCUUCGCAUCUUCAAGAUAUCAGUCUGCAGGAAUGCUGCCCCCAAUAAAGUAUCUCAGCUUGAAGAACUGUUGAGUUUUUCGGUGCCUUACGAACUAAGCAUGGGAGGGAGUAACGAACCAUGGGCAGAGGCAUUUCUAGCGCACAUGCAGGAUAAGUGGGGAAGCUGUAAGCAAGUUUGGAGGUCUUUGCAGAUGGAGGUUAGUGCAUGCUACCCCCAAGCUGCCAUUGUUUUGUAAUAACAACCUACACAGAGCUGGUCCAACUCCCCCCCUCCCCCCAAUAAAGAUUGUAAUUUAUGACGGAUUAUUGACAAUAUAAUAUAUGGAAAAUGCUAAAUGUACUUAAAGAAAAACUUAUAAAAAAAAUUUAUUUCUCUACAUGUCAGUUAUUGAUACGUUAAAAAUUAUGAAAUUUGAGUUUUAA